GAGGUGACAGGCUGCAGACGCCUUUGCAAAUAUUCCCACAUCGCUUCGCUCCACCUUGAAUCAACGCAGGAUGUCAGCGUAAAGCCGGUGCGUAAAGAGGCUGCGUCGCGGAAAAGAGACGUUUUACAGCCAAUUUCACCUCGUUUCUGGAGAGAAAAAUUCCACUCAGCUCACUGCGAACGACGCAGCCGGUGCUCCAGGAGCUCCUCACAGACCCUCGGGGGAUCGGAUCGUUGUGGACACAUUCGUGGAGCUUUUAUUAUUGUUUCCUUUUUGGGUGGGAGCGCGGACACCGAGCGAGCUGUCUCCAUCAGGUGCAGAGCAGAGAGAGAGAGCAUCAGAUCCGCCCAGCAGAGGACACAGCAGGGCAGGAGCGUUACCGCACCAUCACCACGGCCUACUACCGCGGCGCCAUGGGCUUCAUCCUUAUGUACGACAUCACGAACGAGGAGUCCUUCAACGCUGUCCAGGACUGGGCCACUCAGAUUAAGACAUACUCGUGGGACAACGCCCAGGUGAUCAUGGUGGGCAACAAGUGCGACAUGGACGAGGAGAGAAUCGUACCUCCAGAGAAAGGAAAACACCUCGCCGACCAGUUAGGCUUUGAAUACUACGAGGCGAGCGCCAAGGAGAACAUCAAUGUGCGGCAGGUCUUCGAGCGCCUGGUGGACAUCAUCUGUGUGAAGAUGUCGGAGCGCGUGGAUGUGGAGGCACCGGUGGCUCCCGGCACCAAGACCACCAGACUGACCGACAAGCCUGCCCAGCUACCUCAGAAGUGCUGCUGAUCGUCCGUCUCCGUUCAUCUCUCUGCUGUCGCCUCGUCCGCUCCCCUAAGUUCUCGAGAAAAAGAAAAAAAAACAUAUUAACUAUUGUAACAUUCCUCAACACACUCUCUCUGCUUCAGUCCAUGUUUGUGAGCAGUCAAUAAUCACUACGCCUACUGAGAUUUCUGCUAACUAACAUUUAUAUAGCCAGUUUCAUCCCCUUUCCGUCCCCAAGUAUCCGGGGUUGGCCCUUACGUAGACGGAGGAGUAAGGGUGGUAGUGCACUCCUGACAAAAUGUCGUUUUAAUUUGCAGUGUUUGAAAAUAUUGUAGAGCCACUGUUGAUUACAUCGCUGUGUGCAAAUGCUUGCAUGCUAACUGCGACUGGAGUUGUUUAAUGACGUUCAAGCUAGAUACAAAAAGUUAGACUAAAAGCAUCUGGGAUAGCAUAUCUGUGUCCUUGCCAAAAUAAUUCACAGUAGAAGCUUGUACCGUUAGGGAAUACUUGCGCAAAUAGGUUGAUGUUGGGAAGAGGGUUUGAACAAACCAAAUUAAAGGUGGGUCAAUCAUUCUGGAGAAAGAUAGCUGAUUGUUGAGUAUCAUUCCCCGAGGCUUUGGGUUAUGGUAAAUGGGAAAGAAACAAACUGACUCGGAGCGAGCCAAGUCGAGAAUGAUCGACCCCACCUUUAAAGAAUGUACCUGACAUGUGCAACACGCAUCGGCGGAGGUCAUGGAGCAUUGCGUCAUUUGACAUGCAUCAUUUGACGUCACCAGACGAGCCAUAAAUACGCCACUGUGUGUUGCCUUUCCUGUGCAGAUUCCAGACUUAAACCGGAAAUACACAAACCAAAGGAUACAGUUAAAAAAAGGCCACUAAUUAUAUGGCAACAACAGUAAUUGUAGAAUAUCUCUCUCACACUGCCCCAACCUUAUCUGAAUGUGGCUCUUCCUUUUGGUUGCACAACCACAGAAAUUUGAUUUUGUUCGGAGUGCACUGCCGACAGGAGCUGAAAGCAGGGUCCACAGGUAAGCACAGCACUGCCUCUCCUCUCAAAGUGUAGCACAACGAGAAACUUACAACACCACAGCUGUUCAUGUUCACAAGUUUACAGGUCGCAGUCGUUCACCGAGUCAUCUGCCGAAACAUCAGAUAGGCUGCUUCUCAAAUAGCUAGUAGUAGUGAGUCCACUGGAAUACAAUAUGCCUAUAGCCCACUAACUGUUACUGGCCUUACUUAGUGCUGUUUUUUGGCUUGAAAGACGCUUUAGGGCUACACCACCAAUGCACAACUCCCAGGCAGGGCUGCAGCCGAAAUCAUUUGAGUCAAAUACUUAACAGGAGCGGGUCGAGUCCAAAACCCAAUCUGAUGCUUCCCUGUAGUGUUUGUAGUUACACAGAGAAUGCCUUGUGAUGUUUUAACAGGGUUCAUUUAGAUUAUUAGUGUUGGGUAGAAUUAUGAAACAAAUCAAUGUACAGUACAGUAUGUACUGGAACAAUAAUAACAGCACUUGCGUUGCACUUUCCUUAACAAACUUUACUUGAAGUGAGUACGCUAUUACCUGUAUCUGUUUCUGUUCAAACAGUGAAAUUAUCUGUAUUCAAAUACAUACGUAUUCGUAAAGGGACGGGGCUUUAACCAGAUGACUGGACUAGCUGCAAGUUGUUAUAAGAUAAAGAACUAGUUAAUCAGGAGGAACAAUGCUGAUUCUGUCCUGGCCAUGGAACAGUGGACUGGCUCAGUGGGGGGGAUGUGUUUUGUGGACUUGGAGAAUCCUGUGGGGGGUACUGGAACCAUUGCUAUGAGCCAUCUGGUCGUUCUUGGCACAUAGUCAAACAUGUUUUCAGUGGGUGAGGUUGCCCCUGGUCUCUGAUCCUGUUGAGAGUGUCUGGUAUAGGAACCUCAGAACUGCGUUUCUGCUGUUUGCAGAUGAUGUGGUUCUAUUGGCUUCAUCAGAUAGUGGUGGAUGGAGAACUCGUAAUGAUGAGAUAUUUUUCUUUACAUCAACAUUAUUAGAUACUCAUCACGUAAUCCUGAGAUGCUAAGUCAUAAAUACAAGACAGAAUUAUGCAGGAAAAAAAACAUUCUUUGGAGAAUCAAUGUAAUGCACUUUUGUAGAAAUCCAACUGGCUCCGAGAGGUGACCGUAAUCUAUGAAUGGUGCUCUGUUUUGGCAAAAUCUUCUAUUGUGUCUUAACUGACGACUGAAGGACAAGAAAUCUGUGAAAUCUGACAUUUACUUCAUGAGGAAAUCUGUUAUGUCAGGAGUCAUAGAAUUUAAUCAAUGAAAAACUGACAAGACAAAUUUAAGUCUGCAAAUCCAGAUUUGAGCAUUCACAAGGAAAAAUCUCCUUUUUAGAGCUUAAAUCUUAACAUGUGAAAGCAUGCAGGGUAGGCUGAGAGGAAGCCUGAUUUAUCUACUUAACAAAGAGACUUUGAAAAUUGCCACAAAAAGAUGGAAAACAACUACCAAGAGACAGAACAUGACUUCUUAAAUAAUUUCCCCCUGGGAUUAUUAAAGUAUUUCUGUUUCUGAUUCUUAAAGAGGCAAAAUGACAACCACAGACAAUAGGUAUCUUGCUCCUAUGUAGGAGGACGGUGUGGAGCAUUUUACAUAUCUGUGUCCAGGGCCCCAAUGUCUCAUAGUCCGUCCAUGAUUCUAUGAUAACGUAACAAUAUGUGUUGGUGGUGUAAAGGAAACAGGAGUUUCACAGAUCACAGAGUAAGCUCAGUUUCACCACUGAGACGCUGGUGAGACCUGUGGAGUUGAUUUAAAUACACAGUGACCUUGGAGGAAAGAUAUUUUGAACAAAGAGAAUCUGUUCUUCGCUGUGGGAUUAAUGUGCUAUUGGAGCACUUGAUCUCUUUGACCCUAACUGUAAUUAAUGUAAAAGAGAAACAGAGCAGAAGGCUUCAGAACUGCAAACCCUUUAAAGUAAUAAUCUCGGAGAGCCUCAUUAAAUUAUACCAAUUUCUGACCCUCACACGCUGCAAUAACAGGAAACAAGGCAUGUACUGAACUUAAUAUGGGAGACAACAUUGGGUCUUCUUUCUUUCUUUUCUUAACCUCUCAGCCCAGUUUGUUUGGCUGUAAACAAAUAAACCAGUAAAAUAUGUCACCAAAUCAGGAACUAAAUCCUAAGUACGAUACAUGUCUGAGUGAUACAAGGUAAAUGCUGUGUUGCGUAACUAAUGGUUACAAUAUCAGAAGCAUGGUGUUUGUUCACAAUAGUUCUGACAAUCUGCAGCCAACUGUGCUGUCAUGUUACACAGACUGAGAGGAUGAGCUGUUGUAUUGUGGCGCCUUGCUCUGCUGCUACUUUGACGGCCGUCAGUUGACACAAUGUAAGGACUCAGUCGGCGUGUACGAGGCGUCAGUUUGUGAUACAAACUGCCAAAGCUGACAAUGAGCAGCUUUGAAGACGGUGAACAAAGAAGGGAUACCGCCUGUUCACAUCAACAGAGAAAAUUACUGUUUAAAACAGAAGUUAAACUCAGGUUCCUUUUCUCGUUUACUAUCACAACCUGUUUUGCUCCUAUGAAUUCGUACCUGGAUGACAGAUGUGUACCAGGGGACCACAGAGAUUAUUAGAAAUAAACGAUUGAUUAAAGUUGGGGAAAACUAUUCUGGAGAAAUCAAAUACGAUGAUAUAGAGCGAACAGCCACAAGUGAUAUAACUGAUGUUAGCUAUGUUGUGGGUAAGCAAACCGUCGGUAAAGCUAACACAACGUUCCUGCUACUGUAGCUAACAUCACAACAACAGCACAUCUUGGCAUCUGAAUGUCCGUCGGCAAUGUUAGCCGACACACAAAUCCAGGCUGGAAUAACAAUUUCUUUGUGUAGUGAAGUGAAGUUUGAAGGCUGGUUUGGUGUCGGUGCCAAAUCUCGAACCAGUUCUUUGUGUUUUGAUUGCAGAGAACUGGCUCUUCCAGCACGGCACCAACACUUUUGCUCUUUUUCCACUAAAUUAGUUCUGGUUCUUGAACCGGUUCUAUUCAACAUUCUUUAAGUUUUGGUGCGAUCUAGCAAACCAGCCAGUUUCGAAGGGAGCCAUUGUUAUCAUCAACAGACGACGCUGCACAAUGAACAACGACCUGUAGAAUAUGAAAUUAACACUUUGGGUCAACAAGGAAAACCUGAUAUUUGUUGGUUCCAACUUUUCAGGUUUCCGAACCAAUUUAAUUUCGACUGAAAUGCUUUAAAGCAUUAAACUCAAAAACUAGGAGCUUGAACCGUAACAGAGCCAGUUCCCUGUUGGCCUCUUUGCCUCUAGAAACAAGAACCGCUUACAACAUGGGGGGUGCCUUCGUAACACUGAGCUAGCCAGCUGUUGGUCAGCUAACAUCAAUGUGAGGUGGAUACAGUAUAUUACUCCUAUUACUGUAAUAUUAUUACUGACAUGUAUUAGUAAUUGGUUACACAGCUAGUUACUGUGGAAAGUAAUAUUAAUACUGUAAUA